AAAGCAUCUGCAGCGCAUGUGACUGUUGUAGUUCAGAGGGGUCAACUGUAGGCUGCAAUAAAGUUGCAAUGGUUGGAAGCGCGUUUAUAUGGCCGAUGCUUUUAUUUACCUUCAAGUGCUCACUUUAAAUACAGCACUUGAGUGGCGAUGGCUGUCGUUUGCUUUAGUAAGAGUCUUUCAUGUGCAGGCAGGCAGCUGUUGAAUGGGACACUGUUCAGGUCAAUCACAAGAGGAUCAGUAUGCAGAUGUCCAGCCAUUCACAGCACUGUUAACAGCACGAUACCACACGCUCAACGAGCCUUUCACACAUCCCAGUCUGUGCUGGUCACUAAGAUACUGUCUGUGGAGGAGAUCUUCAACAAGAAGUCUUUACAUGACUAUCUGAAGAAGAAGGAAAGGCAGUAUAACACAUGCUUGCAGUCCCUCAAUACACUGGAUGAUGAGGAUGUGCAAAUGAAAAGGACUGACCUCUCUGUACUAGGGCCUUUGGUCCAGAAAACCAGAGAGUUAGAGGAGAAACAGAAGGAGUUGGAGGGCACGCUGGACUUGUUGAAAGAUAAUGACCCAGAAUUACUUGAGCUUGCAGAGUCAGAGAAGAAAGCCUGUCUAGAAGCCAUUCAAGAUCUCAAACAACAGAUUUUAUCUCUUCUGAUCCCAGAAGAGGAAUCAGACAUGAGUGACCUGGUCCUAGAGGUCACCACUGGGGUCGGAGGUCAAGAAGCCAUGCUCUUUACCGCAGAGAUCUUUGAUAUGUAUCAUAACUUCGCUGCUUUCCAUGGCUGGGGCUUCGACAUCCUGGAGGUCAUGUCUAGUGAACUAGGGGGCAUCAGACGUGCAGCCGCCAGUAUCAGUGGUCCAUUCAGCUAUAAAAAGUUAAAGUUUGAAGCUGGAGUCCAUCGUGUCCAGAGGGUCCCGAAAACAGAAAGUAAAGGUCGCAUACACACCAGCACCAUGACGGUGGCCAUACUUCCCCAGCCCACUGAGAUCUCAUUUACCAUCAAUCCUAAAGAUCUGAGGAUGGAGACGAAGAGAGCCAGUGGAGCAGGAGGACAGCAUGUCAACACCACCGACAGCGCCGUGAGGAUCGUCCAUCUGCCCACAGGUCAGCGGGACAUCAGACUAUCUAUCUGUCCGUUUUUGAAGUUUUAUUGUAAGCUAGCAUGUGGUGUAUCAUGA